AUGUUUGGCAAAAAGAAAUCUAAUUAUCAGAUGCUUAGUGCAGAAGAAAUUCGUCGCAGGAAAAAUGCCAAAAGAGGCAUACAGUUCUGCAUGUUGGUGAUAGGAGAAUCAGGUUUAGGCAAGUCCACUUUUUGCAAUAAUAUCUGCAACCAAGAGGUUUUUGGACACGAAGAAGAGGGUUUUGAUCCUGCCACCGCACAUUUGAGCCCAGGCAUUGAUAUUGUGUCCAAGAAUUUCCAUUUACAAGAGGAAAAUUCUACACCAAUAAGCCUCGACAUUGUUCUAAUUCCAGGUUUGGGGGAUAAUAUCAACAAUUCUAAUAACCAUGAAGUCGUUGUUGAUUAUUUGGAAUCCCAGUUCGAUCGCGUGUUGAAUGAGGAAAUAAGAAUCAAGAGAAACCCAAAAAAUGUUGACACUAGACCACAUGUUUGCCUAUUCUUCAUUAGAGCAACGUCAAAAGGCCUUCGUGAGCUAGAUAUAAAAUUGAUGAAGGCGUUAUGUGACAAGGUCAAUAUCAUCCCAGUCAUCAGCAAAGCUGAUUUAUUAACCGAAAGGGAAAUAGCAUUAAAUAAACGUCUCAUCAUGGAAGAUAUUUAUGAAAAUGAUAUCAAUAUCUACGAUUUUGUAGAUGAUAAACUAGAAGAUACUUUGAUGCUUGUCGAGGCUAAUGAUUCUAGUCCAAUUCCUAAUAACACUUCUUUUGACAGUAUGCAGCAAAAUAGUUAUGGUGAAGGAACAGCCCAAUUGAAUACAGCUUGCUGUAGAAUCAGGGAUAUGUUACCAUUUUCGAUAAUUGGUAGUAAUGAAGUUGAAGUCUCACCAAAUGGAGAACUGUUUCACGUGAGAAGGUACUCCUGGGGAACUGUAAAAGUGGAAAAUAGGGCUCAUUGUGAUUUCAUUUAUUUGAAGAACAUUCUAUUAGGAUCUCAUCUUCAAGAUUUGAAAGAUACAACGCACAAUAAGCUAUAUGAAAAUUACAGAACGCAAAAGCUUUUAGCUGGCAACAACUAUCCGUCAAAUAAUGAUGAAAGAGAUAUUCUUGCAGAAAGUACUGUUCUAGAGCAUCAACUUAAUCAUAAAUCAAAAGAGAUCAAUGAGGAAAUACGUGGCUACAGUUCUAAACGUCUUGAUGAAUUGAAUAGUAAUUUUGUAAAAGAAACUAUUUCAACUUAA